AUGAUGCAUUCUUGUGGUGAGAGGAAGAUGAUGAAGAUAAUAUGGAGCUUGUCUUUAAUCUUUUCCAUUUUUGACUCAAUACUUGUUUAUGCAUCUCCUGCUAACCACUUGUGUCUUCCAGACCAGAGAGAUGCUCUGUGGGAGUUCAAGAGCGAGUUCUAUGUCCAAGAGCUUAAUGCUAAUGGGCAUACAAAGAGCUGGAGGAACAACACUGAUUGCUGUUCUUGGAAUGGUAUCUCUUGUGAUCCUAACACCGGUAAGGUCGUUGAGUUAGACCUCAACUUCAACAUACUCGAUGGCCCUUUGAGAUCUAACAGUAGUCUCUUUAGACUAGAACAUGUUCAGAGCCUGAAUCUUAGUGGGAAUUAUCUUUCUGGUACUCUGCCAGAGUCCAUCAGCAAGCUCAAACAUUUGAUGGUUUUGAGUCUUGGUGGUUGCUUUUUCUUUGGGAAUGUACCUUCUUCACUCGGAAACCUUUCUUAUCUCACUCAUCUUGAUCUUUCUGUUAAUAAUUUCACCGGUGAACUACCGGAUUCGAUUGGCAACCUCAAACAUUUGAGGGUUUUGAGUCUUAGAGAUUGUUUCUUCUUUGGGAAUAUACCUUCUUCACUCGGAAAUCUUUCUUCUCUCACUGAUCUUGAUUUUUCUUAUAAUGAUUUCACCGGUGAGCUACCGGAUUCAAUGGUCAACCUAAACCGGCUGACAACGUUGCAACUUUUGCGGAACAAGCUCAGUGGGAAGUUUCCUCAUGUGAUAUUUAAUAUGAGCGAGCUCACAGAGAUCAACCUUGGUUCUAACCAAUUCCAAGGUAUGCUUCCAUCUAACAUGAGUAGCCUCUCUAAAUUGGAGUCUUUUGAUAUGAGUGGAAAUUCAUUUCAUGGAUCUGUUCCGUCCUCUCUCUUCAUGAUCCCUUCAUUGAUCAAGCUUGACCUGGGAAGAAACCACUUCAUCAGUCCUCUUGACAUUGGGGAUAUCUCUACUUCACCAUCUAAACUUGAAGAAUUGUUCCUUGGAGAAAACAAUUUCAAUGGACCAAUCCCAGGAUCUAUAUCAAACCUAGUCGGGCUCAAGUUUCUUAACCUCUCUUUCUGGAAUACAGAGCAGGGCAUGGUCGAUUUCAACAUUUUCUUGCAUCUCAAGUCACUUGUUGCACUUGACCUCUCCUAUCUGAAUACAAGUAGCAUGGUCGACUUGAGUUUUCUCUCGCAUCUCAAGUUACUCGGAGACUUGAAUCUUUCAGGGAAUAAUUUGAAGAUCAGUCCAACUCUCCAUCUUCCAUCACUCAUAGAACGAUUGGAUUUGUCAUCGUGCAAUAUUUCUGAGUUUCCCAAGUUUCUACAGAACCAAAUAGGAUUGGCGUAUUUAGACAUCUCUGCCAACAGAAUUGAAGGUCAAGUGCCAGAUUGGUUAUGGAGACUGCCAACGUUGUGGUAUGUAAACAUUUCUCAGAAUCACUUCAGUGGUUUUGAAGGAUCAGGGGAUGUCAUUCAAAGAAGUGCAAAGAUAUUACUAGUGCUUGAUAUAAGUUCCAACACAUUCAAGAAUCCAUUUCCUUUGUUACCACCUUCCAUGCUGUACGUUAUAGGAUUCGACAAUCGGUUUUCAGGAGAGAUUCCUAGGUCAUUAUGCGAAUUGGUUCAUCUUGAUACACUUGUUCUAUCAAACAACAACUUCAGCGGUUCCAUUCCUCUGUGUUUUGAGAAUUUCUAUACUAGUCUCUCGGUCUUGCAUCUUCGGAAUAAUAGCCUCUCUGGUAUUCUUCCAGAGGAAUCUAUCAGUGUGUACUUGAGAUCACUUGAUGUUGGUCGCAACCGUUUAUCAGGAGAACUUCCCAAGUCUUUGAGAAAUUGCACCCAGCUGGAGUUUCUGAACGUGGAAUACAAUAACUUCAAUGACACGUUUCCUUUCUGGUUGAGGUUCUUGCCUGAUUUUCAGAUUCUUGUCCUUCGUUCGAACGAGUUCCAUGGGCCAUUAUCUUCUCCUGGAGGUUCUUUGAGUUUCCCCAAACUGAGGAUCUUUGAAAUAUCCGAAAAUCGCUUCAGUGGAGUCUUGCCAUCAGAUUAUUUUGCUGGUUGGAGUGCAAUGUCAUCAUCAUUGGUAGAUUAUUUGCCGAUUAGGUAUCCACAACGUGUCUCAGUGAGUUAUCAUAAGUCGGUGGCUCUGACGAACAAAGGAUUGAAGAUGGAGCUGGUUUGGAGUGUUUACACAAUCUACAAAACCAUCAAUCUCUCCGGAAACAGACUGGAAGGAGAUAUUCCGGAAUCCAUCGGUUUACUCAAGGAACUGAUUGUGCUCAACAUGUCAAACAACGCUUUCACUGGCCGUAUUCCACCAUCUCUAGGGAACUUGACCGAUCUGAAUCAUUGGAUCUGUCUCAAAACCGAUUAUCCGGAAGAAUCCCACCAGAGCUCGGGAAACUCACAUUUCUAG